AUGGAAUGCCAAUGGCAUCCGCACCCAAGCCAGUUAAUCCGCCAAUUUCUUCGCGACGAAGCCGUCGACAUCUGUCUUAUCAAUGAAACGCACCUGACGCCUGGGGUCGACGUCAGGGCGGCGAACUACUCCAGCUACCGCACCGAUCGACUGGCGGCGGCCGGAGGGACAGCCGUUUACGUCCGCAAUGGCGUUCGUCAUCACGUGAUACAACUUCCACCACUGGCAACGCUGGGGGCCACUGGUGUCGUCGUUCAUACCUCGGCAGGCGCCAUCACGUUCGUCACUGCCUAUAGACCGCCGUCCCGUCCGCUGGACCCUGCUGACGUCGAUGCUCUGCUCUCCCUGAGCGGGCAGGUGUUCGUUGCUGGGGACCUCAAUAGCAGACAUGUCGCCUGGAACUCCAGGAUCACCAAUGCCACUGGACGCUGCCUGCUCAGGAUGGCAGAACGUCACCACAGGCUUGUGGUGGGGCCGUACGACCCGACUAUCUUCCCUGCCCGUGGCCAACCGGACAUAAUAGACAUCGCGGUCGUCAAGGGCAUUCCUCAUCAGAUAACUUCCACGACGAGGACGGCACUGUCUUCUGAUCAUGUCCCCGUGGUUUUUGACAAAGAUCUGGACGCCCUCCAACAGCCCAGGAGAGGCAUCUCGCUUGCUGGCAUCAACUGGGACAGGUUUCAAGCAGUCGUGACGGACUCGCUCGCCGCCGCCCAGCCCCCUGCGGACGCUGGAGCGGACGCAGCACUACUGCACUUCGCGGCCACCACGGUAGACGCGGCCAAGGCAGCAACGCCGCCCCUACCACGGACUCCGCCUGACUACUCCCGACAGCUGCCGCCGGACAUCCUUGCGGUCAUCACUGAGAAGAACCGGAUCUACAGGGAGUGGCAGAGGACACAAAAUGCCAACACCAAGCGCCUCUUCAACAGGAUGCGUCGGGACGUCCGAGCCGCCAUUGAUAACCAUCGCCAUCGCGAUUGGAAUAACUAG